UCAGGGUCAGUGCUACCGGAGCAGCCAACUGGCUUUUAAUCAAUGGGGCUAUUUGUAAGAGCGCGCGAGCCGUUUUAGGGACCUGCCGCCGUGCUUCAACAGCUGCGAGGAGACCGCCGGAGACGUCUCAGAAAGCCCGCUGUAUCUCAGACCGAGGAGGCAUCCGGAUAAAGGUGACCGGGCAGUUGACCUAACAAGUUUUGUGGAGGAUACUGGGAGGAACCAAUUUUCAAAAUGCCCGUGGCAACAUCCAGCUCUGACUCCGCCAUGCAUCAGGCCCUGGACACACUGAGUGACAGCACAAGCUCCACGACUGCCAAUGACCUGGACCUCAUCUUCCUCAAAGGGAUAAUGGAGAGCCCAGUGGCUCAUGAGCAGUUCGAGGAACCCAAGCUCGAGGCGGUGAGGGAGAACAAUGUGGAGCUGGUCCAGGACAUCCUCAAGGAGCUCAGCCCGCUCGCACACAGGAGCCAGGCCGCCAACGAGCUGGUCCGCAUCCUGAAGGAGCCUCACUUCCAGUCCCUCCUGGAGACCCAUGAUUCUGUGGCCUCCAAAAACUACGAGACUCCUCCCCCCAGCCCCUGUUCCUUCAUGGACGCCGCCCUCAACAACCAGCCUGUUCCCCCAGACGCAGUCAGGAUGGUGGGCAUCCGUAAGGUGUCUGGUGAGCAUCUGGGAGUGACAUUUCGAGUGGAGAGCGGCGAGCUGGUGAUUGCCAGGAUCCUCCACGGCGGCAUGAUUGACCAGCAAGGUCUGCUCCAUGUGGGCGACAUCAUCAAGGAGGUGAACGGCAAGGAGGUGGGCAACGAUCCCAAAGUGCUCCAGGAGAUGCUGAAGGAGGCGAGCGGCAGCGUGGUGCUGAAGAUCCUGCCGAGCUACCAGGAGCCACACACAGCGAGACAGGCCUUUGUGAAGUGUCACUUUGACUACGACCCAUCCCAUGAUAACCUGAUUCCCUGUAAGGAAGCAGGCCUGAGCUUCAGCAGUGGAGACAUUCUGCAGAUUUUCAACCAGGAGGAUCUCAACUGGUGGCAGGCCUGCCACAUAGAGGGAGGCAGUGCAGGUCUCAUUCCGAGCCAGCUACUCGAGGAGAAGAGGAAAGCGUUCGUGAAGAGAGAUCUGGAGCUGGCUACCACAGGUCCGCUAUGUGCUGGGAUGGGUGGUAAGAAGAAGAAAAAGAUGAUGUAUUUGACUACCAAGAAUGCAGAAUUUGAUCGCCAUGAGCUGCGGAUAUAUGAAGAGGUUGCCAAGGUCCCGCCCUUCAGGAGGAAGACGCUGGUUCUGAUUGGUGCGCAGGGGGUCGGCCGACGCAGUCUGAAGAACAAGCUGCUGGUGUCGGAUCCCCAGCGGUAUGGCACCACCAUCCCCUUCACCUCCAGAAAGCCAAAAGUGGAUGAGAGGGAUGGCCAGAUGUACUCCUUCAUGACCCGCAGUGAAAUGGAGUGCGACAUCAAAAAUGGACGUUUCUUGGAACACGGCGAGUAUGACGGGAACCUGUAUGGCACGAAGAUCAACUCUAUACACGAGGUGAUAGAAACAGGAAAGAUAUGCAUCCUGGACGUCAACCCACAGGCUCUCAAAGUCCUGCGGACGUCAGAGUUCCUGCCCUACGUUGUGUUCAUUGAAGCUCCAGAUUUUGAGGUUCUCAAAGCAAUGAAUAGGUCAGCGAUUGAGUCGGGAGUGGUUACAAAACAGUUAACGGACUCUGAACUAAAGAGGACGGUGGACGAGAGCGAGCGCAUUAAGCGAGCCUAUGGACAUUACUUUGACCUCUGCAUCGUAAACGACGGCCUGGAAGCAGCGUUCCGAAGUCUAAGGUCGGCGCUGGAGAAACUGUCGACGGAGCAGCAGUGGGUGCCUGUCAGCUGGGUCUUCUGAAAGUGACCGAGGUCUCACCAGCAAAGUGCCAGGACGAUUGGACACUGGCAGCUCCAGGGGGCUGUCUCCAUGCAGUCAUCGGUGGUGGAGGUCUGUAGUGAAGGGCCAAGCGUCAUGAUUCAGUGCAAAUGACCAGCCUCAUGUAGAACGUUUUGUACAAACUUAGUGUUCUUCUGUUGAGCCUAAUGUCAAGCUGUAUUUUAUUUGUCAGAUUCGGAUUAAUUUUAUUGGUAUUUGCUGAGAAGGAUUUAGAGUUGAUUAUGAGGUUUAGUGCAAUAGCGUGAGUGAGUGUGUGUAUGUCAUCAUAAAUGUGGAAAUAGACUUAGAGUAAAGAAUAUGUUUUGCAGAUAACAGUGCUCUAUUGAAGGCUUUC